UUUCUUCAUAAAUGACGGUGAAGGUCUUUGUAUAUAAGCAACAAAUCUGAUCUACAAUUGUCAGUACGGCUCUUCUUUAAGAAAAUAACUUUCUUUAUAUAGUGAAAUGAUGUUAAAUAUUUUUUUAGUAAUGACGGUCGUGGCCAUGAUAAAGGCCUCUCACUUUGAAAUUGACGGUCAUGGUCUUGAUCAUUUGCAAAUUCAUCCGAAGCUCAUCUCCCAGUCAGUUCAAUUAAAAGAAGUGCCAACUAAAAUUAUCAAGAUCACUAAAACGAUUGCAAUCAGAGUCCCCGUACCAUAUCCUGUCAAGGUACCUCACCAUGUACCAGUUCCAGUUCCAGUGACACAACCUGUGGCAAUUCCUGUUCCUCAGAUAGUAAAAGUGCCUCAUCAUGUACCUGUUGAAGUUCAAAAACCUUAUCCAGUUGAAGUUCAUCAACAGGUGCCUUUACUUGUAUCAAAGCCAAUAGCAGUUCCUCAUCCAGUUCCGGUUCCGCACCCUGUAACUAUCAAUAAACCCAUCUAUUAUCCUGUCCCUCAUCCAGUGCCUUAUCAUCAUCAUCAAUCUGGCGAAUCAUCUCACAAUGAUUAUAGUGACAGUAACGGUGGUUCUGAUCACAACUACUUAUCAAGAUCUUUUCACCGUGAUCUUAAUAAAGAUUCUACAAACGAGGGUGAUGAAUCUAAUGCACAAACAUAUCAAGUUUCUCAACAUGAUUUAACACAAGAAAAAGAUUAUGGCUCUGAACAGGAAUUUUCUUCAUCAUCAAAUCAAAAUUAUGAGACGCCACAAGAUUUUCCAAAAGAAUCUAAAGCUGAAAAGGAAAUUAUUUCUGAACAAAAUUAUUCAUCAAGUCAAGUUUAUAGUGGCAAAAAUUAUGGAGGACAAUAUUAGAAACGGAAUUAUAUUACAAUUAAAUAUUUUUAAAUUUCUUGUUAAAAAUUGUAAAUUUCUCCAAAUUUUCAAAUAACUUCCAUUAGCUAAUGGAUUUUAUGAUAAAAAUUUGUUUUUGUUAUUAAAUAAUGAUAUCUACUUAUUGUAAAGUUAGUUGUACAAAGAAAUUGUUAUUGACACA